AAAACAGAUUUGUCAAAUAGCCUGUGCAUGGCAUGGUUGGUUGCAAGGCUGACGGUUUGGUGAGGAAAGCAGGGUUGACAUUUAUUUUUAUCAGUGUCUAACAUAAGUUUAAGUGCCAGAAUAAGGACUAAGUCGGUGUUGUGUGUCCUCUAACCCUGUGAGCCGCUGUCCUUACUUUACGAGAGCGAAUUUUCCACAUUUGUCAUCGCACAGCCAGUUAGCUAACCGCUUCUUUAACGCUGCUCUUUGAAAAUGGCGGACGUACCGACGGAGAAGAGCCUGGACGAUUUUUUUGCCAAACGGGAUAAAAAGAAGAAGAAAGAGAAAGGGAAGGGGAAAGAGUCCGCUGCCGCCCCUGUGUCUGCUGGGAUGAAAAAGCUCAAGAAGGACAAGGAGAAGUCGGUGAAAAACGAGAGCCAAGACGCGCAAAUCGAGAAGGAGGACGAGGAAUGGAAAGAGUUUGAGCAGAAAGAAGUGGACUACAGUGGACUGCGACUCCAGGCUCUACAGAUAAGUGACGAGAAAGAGGAAGAGGACUAUGAGAAGGAGGAGUUCGACGAGGAUGGAGAGAUCAUCGUGGUCAGUGGAGACAAAGUGUCUGGCCCCUGGAACAAAUCUGGAGCUGCUCCUCCUCCUGCUGCUCCAGCAGAGGAAGUAGAGGUGCCUGAGUCAAAGCCUACUGGUGUAUAUCGCCCUCCAGGGGCUCGACUGACCACCAGCAAACGAGGGCCAAGCCAGGGUCCUCCUGAGAUCUUCAGUGACACACAGUUUCCCUCUCUACUGGCCACUGCCAAGCAUGUGGAGACACGCAAGGACAGAGAGAUGGAGAAGACCUUUGAAGUGGUGAAACACAAGAACCGCGGCAGAGAGGAAACCGGCGGCGCCUCCAUGCAGCACUUGCAGCUUGACAACCAGUUCGCCAUCCUGGGGGACAAGUAGAGCUGCAACACCCCCCCCCCCCCCCCUCCCUCCGUCCUCCGGCCCCUCCAGCUCGGUCCAGCUCUGCCCAGCCCCCUCGAAGGAAGCUGAACCUCCAGCUAUGUGGACUGCAGUCCCGACGCAGCUCACCCUGGCUCCACCCUUACCACCAAACACACUGGUUACUCACACACACGCACACAGUGAUACAUAAACAAACACACGCACACAGUGAUACAUAAACAAACACACGCACACAGUGAUACAUAAACACACACACACACAGUGACACUCCCUUUUAACAGAUAAACAAGACACUUGACAUACAUUUGGUGGGCAAACCUGAAGGACUGCAUCUGAAGGGGCUGUUCAAAGACGGACUAAUUGAUAAGGAAUUGGCAAAAUACACCCAAAGUACAACACUGCAACAGCAACGAAAGACAACAUGGUUGUCCAUUUGUGGAUUGUACUCAGAGCGGCAGUUGUGACGGCACAACUUCUCUCUGGACUUCAACUCGCUUUGAUAAAGCCACAGAGGAUCUAAGAAGAUGAUUUUACAAACUUUUGUGAAAAUAUCUAUUUUUUUGCAAGAUUGCUUAAAAAAAAACCCAAUCACACAUGGUUGUUUGUGGGGUGUGUUUUUGAGUUGCGGUUUUGGGGGGAAACUACCUCAGCAGCAUUAGCUGGUGGUGACCAUGUGGACUGUGUGGUAGUGAACGGGGCAAAGACCAGCAGCUCCUUGUUACAAGCUGGCUUUCUGAUUUAGAAACUUGAAGCUUUGCUUUUCUUUUUAUGUUUUUCUCCUACAUCAUGACGACACCCUGCAAAGAUCAAUGGUCAAGAAGAAAUAGGUUGCGGUCCUCCAUUUAGAUUCUCUAUAUAAAGUGGCCUUACUGAUAAGAGAGAAACUGCUUUGUCAUCUGAAGAGAACUCUGCUCGUCGUCUCUCGGGCUGUUGCCUGCUUCUGGAACUCACCACUUUUGGGGGGGGGAAAACACAUUUAAAUAUAAAAAAAAAUGUCCUUCUGUUCAAGAAUGUAGUACUGAUGUAGUUUGCCUGAUGAUAACAACUACUAAUCGUCUUUCAUAUCCACUGUUGUUUUUUUCCCCGCUCUUUAAUUUUUGGUACAUUAAGAUCUCAGCAGAAGCGUCUUUGAAUCUUGAAUCUUAUUCAAACUGUCAUUUGACAAUUUGACUCUGAUGUUACAGUAUCAACAAAAAUACACAUUUUUUCCUCCAUUA